GAGGGUUCCCUGCCACACUGAGAUGGACAUAGAAGAAAUGUUCUUCCAUCUCUGUGAGGAGGUUGCCAGGCUGCAGGAUCUUUGCAGCAAGCAGGGCAAGCUCCUCCAGAAGCUGACAGCCAGGAGAGGACCCAUCCUUGAUCUCCCUGUGUCGCUGCCGAUCCAGUGCACGGAGGGAAUGGCCCCUGGGGAAGGGGGAAGGCAACAGGAUGGCCAUCAGAAAUGCUCAGAGGCCCUGGCAGCCAGUGCCUCUGCCACAGAGGGCUCUGCUCACCCCCUGGCACAGCCACAAGCUGCCAGCACGCUGCCCACCUUCAGCACCUUCGUGUCAGGCGCUGCCAGCGACCCCAUCUGCAGCAAUGGAAGUGGAGGAGUGGCUCUUGCCAUGGCUCUUGGCAGCAGCAAAGCAGAGAGGAGAGACAAGGUGGAUGUAGAGACGUGGCUGAAAAGCUGUCAGAUGCUUCCUACCAUGCAGAAGGAGGGAGUGAGAGCUUGCUGCAGCCCACAGGAGCUGGUGGCACCAAACCCAGGUGCUGGGGACUCCUUCCUCACUCUUCUGGACCUUUAUGAAGCCCCAGAAACCCUUCAGGGGGAAGAUGUUCCCAGCCAAAGUGCUUUGCUUGCAGAGGCAAAAGUUCCAGUAGAGAUCAGAGGACCUGGGAAGCCCUCCUGGACACCACGCUGGGUGCUGGAGGAUGGGACCCUCGGACAGGGCACUGUCCUCACCUCUGAGGAUGCUCAGGUGUGUGACAUUUGCCAGGAGAUUUUCCCCUUGGAUGCAGGAGGCCAAGAGGACUAUUUAAAGCACAUCUUAACACAUAUGAAGUAG